UUGGAAUAAGGAAGAAGAAAAGCAGCUGGCGGCUGACGUGUUCUUACAGUUAUAAAAUAUGUCACAAUAUGUGUAACCAACAAACUAAGCUUAUUUUCUGCUGUUUGUGCCGUUUCUUUCAAAUAUAAGGUUCAAUAAUUCCAUUGAGACAUGGUUCUGAUAACUAUGAUUGCCCGAGUGGCAGAUGGCCUACCAUUAUGUGCAACUAUGCAGGAAGAUGAACAAUCCGGAAAAAAUAUAUUGGAUUACCAAAACCAAGCGAAAAUGCUAUUUAGAAAAUUGGGUCCCCAGUCCCCUCCUCGAUGCACUAUAGAAACAGGACCUUAUUUCUUUCAUUACCUAAUCGAAUAUGACGUUUGUUAUUUAGUGCUAUGUGAAAGCAAUUACUCAAAAAGAUUAGCAUAUUCCUACUUAGAGGAUAUUGCACAAGAAUUUCAUUCACAAUAUGGAAGCAGGGUUAAUGCUGUUACAAGACCUUAUACUUUUAUAGAAUUUGAAACUUACAUUCAAAAAGCCAGAAAACAGUUUACAGAUUCAAGAUCCAGAAGAAAUUUAAAUGCUAUUAAUAAUCAGCUGCACGAUGUUCAGAGAAUAAUGGUACAAAAUAUUGAUGAUGUUUUGCAAAGAGGCACAGUCUUGUCAGAGUUGGAUACAAAAACUCAAAACCUCUCAAUGCUGACUCAAAAGUACAAAAAGGAUGCAACAUUUUUAAACACAAAAUCCAUGUAUGUCAAAGCUGCUGUUGGAGGAAUUGUUCUUUUUGUUAUGUUUUUAUAUUUCUGGGUGUUGUAAAUUAUAUUUUUGUAAAUUUCAUAGGUUUUAAAAAAAUGCAUUUUAUUGUACUGGUUAAUAUAUAGGACUGUGAUAGCAAGGUUUCUGGUUUAAGUUGUGUAGAGACUCAUUACAAAAAAAACUGUUUCUUAUAUUAAAUAAUGGAUUUUCUUUAAUAAAUUUUGG